AUGGCUUCCAACAACAUUAAAAUUCACCAACAUUUCAAAGUUGUUCCAACAUCAUCAACUCAAAUAACAACAACAAUAAAGCCUCUCACUUACUUUGAUUUAUUUUGGCUAAGGUUUCAUCCAGUAGAGCGUGUCUUCUUUUACACCCUCCCAGUUUCACAAUCACACCCCUCUUUCUUCUUCCAAAAACUUGUUCCAAAGUUCAAAUCUUCACUAUCUUUAACCCUCCAACACUUUCUCCCUUUAGCUGGUAGAAUCGUUUGGCCUUCGGAUUCUCCAAAACCAUUCAUUCAAUUCAAUCUCAAUGAUAAUGAUGAUGGAGUUUCAUUGCUCAUUGCAGAAUCCGAUUUGGACUUCAACCAUGUCAUUGAAAAUUCACCACAAGAAGCUUCAUUGUCUCGUUCUCUUAUACCGUUUUUAGAAUCAACAGAUUCUUUUGCUUCUGUUCUCUCAAUUCAAGUAACCCUUUUUCCAGAAAGUGGUUUUUCCAUUGGUAUCAGCACACACCAUGCAGUUCUUGAUGGAAAAUCUUCAACCAUGUUCAUCAAAGCUUGGGCUUAUCUAUGCAACAAAAUCAUUAAAACCGAAGAAGAAACACCAACUUUGUUGCCAGAGUUAGAGCCUUUAUUCAAUAGAGUAAUCAUCAAAGACCGAAAUGAACUCGAAGUUACAUUAACAAAUAAUUGGAUGGACACCAUGACAAAGUUGUUUCCAAAUGAAAAAGGAAACAAAAGAUGCUUGAAGAUUCUACCUUUUGAACCAAAACUCAAAGAUUGUGUUCGUGCUACGUUCAAGCUCACACGUGAAGAUUUGAACAAGUUGAACAAAAGGGUGUUAUCUACAUGGGAAAUAUUCAACACAAAUGAAUCAAAGCCAAGGAAUUUAUCGUCAUUUGUUCUCACAUGUGCUUAUUCACUUGUUUGUAUUGCAAAAGCUUUUCAAGGAGUUGAAAAGGAGAGAAAGAAGUUUACUUUUGCUUUCACUAUAGAUUGCAGAUCAAGGUUAGAACCACCAAUACCAAAUAACUAUUUUGGAAACUGUGUAUUAGGGCAUUUCAUCAAUACACAACCCUUGGAUUUCAUAAAAGAAGAUGGUUUGAAUUUAGUUACUAAAAGUAUUUAUGAUCAAAUAAAGCUGAUAAAAGAAAAGGGUGUUUUUGAAGGAAUUAAAGAUGUGUUUGCUAAAUAUACUUGUUUGGCAAGUGAAGGAGUUGAAAUUAUAGGAGUGGCAGGGUCUAAUAGAUUUGGUGUUUAUGAGACUGAUUUUGGUUGGGGAAUGCCGGAAAAGGUGGAGAUAGUAUCGAUCGAUAGAGGUUUAACAAUUGGUUUAGCAGAGAGCAAAGAUGGCAAUGGUGGCAUUGAAAUUGGGCUUGUUCUUAAUAAGCAUGUAAUGGAUCUCUUUAGAACAUUGUUUCUUGAAGGUUUAAGCAUUGAUUGA